AUGAUGUUAUCAAAGAAGGCAAAAGUCAUUCCUGAAAGGUACCAUAGCCAUCCGUUAAACCGAAAAGAGGAUGCAAAAUUAUCCGAGUAUAGUCUAACACCUGAGCAAAGGGAAUCUACCUGGAACCAGCUGCACAAGAACUUAUUCUCUCAUCAAAAUCAGGUACUAGGUUAUCAAGGAAACCAAAAUUUUACCUGCGAAAUUGUGAAACCGUUUUUUGACAUCGUAAUCAACAAUGCGGGAGAUCCAUUCUCAGGACAAACGCAAUAUGCACUGAACACUAAGGUCAUCGAAUGUAGCGUGCUGAAUUAUUUUGCUAAACUCUGGAAAAUACAUCACGCCGAUUCUCCAAACGAGGACGAACGGACAUACUGGGGUUAUGUUGCGUCCAUGGGCUGCACUGAAGGUAAUCAUCUCGCAUUGUAUAACGCAAGGGAGUAUUUAGCCGGAAUGCCUCUCA